UUGAAGUGUUACCACACCAAUUUUGUUAAUAAUGCGAAAUAAAAUAUAUUUUCGACAACAGCUUGUGGUCACACUUAUCAAAUUUUUUCUGCAGUGGCGUCGUUAAUAAGAAAUUUUAAUUUGUUGUAUUAGAAUAAUAAUUAAACAAAUAAAUAUAUAAUGCUAAGCCGAAAACGUCGAGCCAGCUCGAUAUCCAGUCGUCAAGAUGAAGAUCCGCUGCUACUAGACGACUCCACGCCGGAACAGUCGCCGGUGCAACAAACGCAAUCCGCGCGCAAAAAGCGGCGUCUUGAUCCAACGGAGCUAUGUCAACAGCUCUAUGACUCGAUACGCAACAUAAAGAAGCAGGAUGGAUCGAUGUUGUGCGACACGUUUAUUAGAGCGCCGAAGCGUCGGCAGGAGCCAUCCUACUACGACGUGGUGGUUAAUCCCAUUGACUUGCUAAAAGUUCAGCAGAAGCUAAAGACGGACUCAUAUGAAGACCUUUAUGACAUGAUGAACGAUCUCGAAUUGCUGAUAAAUAAUGCCAAAGCUUUCUACAAACCUGAGUCAACCGAGUAUCAAGAUGCCAUUGCCUUGUGGCAGCACAUUCAGACCCAGCGUCAGCGGAUUCUCGAAGCCAAUGGCUUUGCGGAAGAGGAGCCACGUGCCAAACGAGCGCCUCGCAAUGCCCGACGACUAACGACCAGUGCGGAGCCGGGAGGCGGGGAUAUUGACGAAGAUUGCAAUCAGUACGAGGAACUCUUUGCAUCCGUCAUGUCUGCAACGGACCCAGUUGGGGACAGAGCAAUGCACCCUAUAUUUCAAUUGUUGCCCUCUAAAAAGGCGUAUCCCGACUAUUACGAUGUCAUCGAGCAUCCCAUUGACUUGCGUUUAAUUGCCACCAAGAUUCAAAUGAACGCCUAUUCAUCGCUGGUGGAAAUGGAGCGAGAUCUUCUGCAAAUGACUAAGAAUGCUUGUCUCUUUAAUGAGCCCGGUUCACAGAUAUACAAGGAUGCCAAAGCCCUGAAGCGAAUUUUCACGCAACGCCGGAUAGAGCUGGAGACAGGAAAGGGAAAACCAGCCAGACGGUUGAAAAACUUGUCCAGUGCAGCAAUAGCAGCACUUAAAGAGGAAGUGGAUAGCUCAGAUGACGAAGAGACGAGCAAAAAGGGCGAGGGUCCUAUGUGGGCAUUAUUCGAUCAUUUGUAUAAUGCGCCUGGCACAUCCGAGCAUCCUGGGGUUACUGGGCCACCAUUGGGCAACUCAUUGUGGAAAUUACCAGUGCGUCGUUUUCAUCCUGAAUACUUUGAGUUAAUUAAGCGACCUAUUUCCCUGAGCCAAAUCCAUACGAAACUCAAAAAAGGCGACUACGCAAACAUAAGCGAUCUCACUGGGGAUCUGUAUCUAAUGCUGGACAACGCCAAAAAGGCAUUCUCGGUCACACAUCGAACGCACAAGGAUGCGUUGAAAAUGUUAAAACUCAUGAAUGCCAAACUGGUUGAAGAAACCCUCGAGGAAACGAGCGAUUUGGACGAAGAAGAGGGCGAUGAAGUAUUCGCUGCCAACGUGCAGCCAGAGAAACGCAAGCCAGGCAGACCUAGAGUCAACUCUACUUCGAAUCCCAGCACGGCGAAUACAUCUAAUGCAUCUAUCUCGCCAAAAUCUAAUCGAAUUCCCAUCAAUGCGGCCAUUAAGAAAAAAAUUCUCAGCAUUCAAAAGUAUCUGGUGGACUACACUGUAGAAUAUCGGCGGCUCAUCGAGAUGUUUAUGGAGAAACCAUCGCGCAGAGCAUAUCCUGAUUACUACGAAAUCAUUCAGAACCCCAUCGACAUGAAUACUAUUGAGCAUAACAUACGGUCCGAUCGCUAUGCCACCGUCGAAGAUGUUGUGGCCGACUAUCGUUUAAUGUUCUCAAAUUGUCGUCAGUAUAACGAGGAUUGUUCCACUAUCUACGAGGAUGCCAAUACCCUAGAACGUGCCCUUAACGAAAAGCUGAAGGAAUUCCCCGGCUUGACAGAGGUCAAAAAACCCCUGCAAAAGUAUAAUAAGUUAGGUCGCAAACCAAAAGCAGCACUCUUGGCUGAUCGUGAUCGAAUGUGGCAGUUUUACGAAUCCCUACGCGAUUAUCAAGAACCGAAAGGCAAACGUCAAUUAUCGUUGAUCUUUACAAAGCUUCCGUCUAAGAGUGAUUAUCCGGAAUAUUAUGAUAUCAUUAAGGAUCCCAUGGACAUGGAACGAAUUGCACAGAAACUUAAACAGGGCGCUUACGAGAGUGUGGAUGAGUUGGCCGCUGAUUUUCUGCUCAUGCUAGAGAACGCUUGUAAAUAUAAUGAACCAGAUUCUCAGAUCUAUAAGGAUGCGUUGGUACUCCAACAACUAACUCUUCAAUUGAAGCAGCAGCUGCGCACCGAACCUGAUGUUCCACUGGCCGUGCAAGAAUUGUUCCUUACGCUCUUCACUUCCGUCUACAAUCACCAAGAUGAGGAGGGGCGCUGUUACUCCGAUUCAUUGGCCGAGCUACCAGAAUAUGAUGAGUUGGGUGAAGGCGCAAAGAUUCGAGGUAUUUCCUUAGAUCUGGUUAAGAGGCGACUUGACAAGGGCGCCUACAAACGUCUGGAUAUUUAUCAGGAUGAUAUUUUCGCUUGUAUGGAGCGAGCACGUAAAUUAUCACGCACAGACUCAGACAUCUUCCAGGACUCUAUUGAAUUGCAGACGUAUUUCAUUCGCAAGCGCGACGAGCUAUGCAAGGACACAUUAAGUUCACCGGCAUUAAAUUUUACUCUGGAUCAACUAUUGUCUGACGUUGAGGUUACGCGACAGCAAAAAGCAGCACAAGAGGAGCAGGAUCAAGAGCAAGAGAAGGACAAGGAUGAAUUUAAUGCUGCCGCCAAUGCAAAAGGAGAAAGCAUGACUAUUAAUCAACAAGUCUAUUCACCGGGUGAUUUUGUCUACGUGCAGACGCCCGAGAACAAGAUACCCACCAUUGUGUGCAUCGAACGACUCUGGACAACACCGAACAAUGAGAAACUAAUGCAGGCAUCGAUCUUUCUGCGUCCCCAUGAAACCUAUCACGUUACGACUCGAAAGUUUCUCGAAAAGGAGGUUUUCAAGAGCAGCAUUUCGCAGACAAUUUCAAUGGACAAAGUGCUGGGCAUGUGUCAUGUGAUGCACAUCAGAGACUACAUCAAGCUAAGGCCGGAUGGACUGUCAGAGAAAGAUGUGUUUGUGUGUGAAUCUCGUUACAAUCUGCAAGGGCGUUGUUUCAAGAAGCUAAAGAACUGGCCAACAGCGCGUGAGAGCAAUAAUGGUUCUAUAAGGUUUGUUCCCCGCGAUACGCCAUUGGAGCUAAAGAGAGUUAUGUCCGUUUUCAAGGAACGUAUCGAGAAACACAAGGGUGAGCUCGAAGAGCUGAAGCUGCAGGAGGCCCUCGUCGAGAAGGAGAAGCCCAAUGUUAUCUGUGAUGCUCCUCCCAAUGCGGAGGAUAACAGUGUGUACUAUCAGCAAUACAACACCAUUUGCAGCGGUGUCAUAAAAACUGGCGAUUUCGUUUACGUUGCGACGCAAACUGGCAAGCAAUCAGUUGCCCAGGUCCAGCAGAUCUGGGAGAUCAAUGGUAAAUCGUAUUUUAAGGGACCGUGGCUGUUAGCGCCAAACGAAACAACUCCUGCGUUAGGCAAACAAUUUUACCGCCAAGAACUGCUGCUUAGCACUGUGGAAGAUAUCAGUCCAGUGAUUGGCAUCGUAGGCCGUUGUGCAGUUCUCGAGUAUGCCGAAUUCAUUAAUUCGCGACCCACAGAAAUCGCAGAGAGCGAUGUAUAUAUAUGCGAAUCUGUCUACGAUGAACUAAAGAAAGCAUUGCGCAAUCUGGUCGUCGGCAAUCUGCGCAAGUUUCAGCACAGCGUUGAAGUGACUGAGGACGAAAUCUUUUAUUUCAAAAGUCCAAUCAAGCCAGCAAAGGACGCCAGGAGUGAUCUCAAUGAUCUAGCCAUGAUGGAGGACUCAAUGGAUGGAGACACGCCUUCCCUUAGCUCGGACAUUGUUGCAAUAUCAUCGCCAGCCCCGUCCGUUAAUUCAACGCCGCUUACCUCGAAAGCAAAAACGAAAACAGCUAAGAAAAGCCUUACUGGCUACAUUCUCUAUUCGAGCGAUGUCCGCAAAAGUAUAAGUCAGAGCAAUCCGGAUGCCACUUUUGGUGACAUAUCGCGUAUGGUUGGCAAUGAGUGGAAGAGCUUACCAUCUAGCGUCAAACAAAGCUGGGAGGAUCGAGCAAACAAGCUGAAUGAAGAGGCAGCUGCACUCCGACGUGAGAUUGAUGACAACCAAAACUGUGCGAGUCCAUUGCCAGCGAUCGCUAAUGUACCCCAGGAGCCAGGCCCGCCGCUCACCUAUGAAUGCCUGUGGGACAAGUGUGACUUUCAGUUUGAGGAGAUGUCCGAUUGCACAGAGCAUUGCUUGGCCGAUGCCACCGGUCAUAUACAGCGCCAUCCCCAGGCUGGUGUCGAGAUGGAGUACGUGUGCCUUUGGCGUAAUUGUCCGCGCAUUCGCAAGUCAAUUCAGGCGUUCCCAAAUGUGUUGCGUCUAAUUAAGCACGUGCGCGAAGUGCAUCUAAGCAAAUGUGGUAAACCUUUGGGUCUCAGCGAACGCAGUAAGAAUUUCAUGUCACGCAAACACAAGUUGGUGCCACAGUCAAUGACGGUCAAUGCGGCAGUCUCAUCGAACAACUCCGUCUCACCACGAGCACCGAUUAACGUGGAAACAGCUCAACAGCAUCAGCAACAAUUGCAGCUACAACAGCAGCAGCCACAUUUGCACCAAACCAUUAUUGCUGGACCGCCUCCGGAGCCGAUGUUCGUGACUGUUCCACCUCGUUCUAAUAGAGUCAUCCAUUCAGAGGCUUAUAUCAAGUACAUAGAGAGUCUGCAGACAGGCAGUCACUUAAAUGUCACUACCUGUAACAACAAUUGGCGUCGCUCGAUCACACAUAUAAACCCGCUUCAGGUGGGCAAGACUCAACUGGCAGAGCACUGGCUAGGUCCGAAUGUCAGUGACCAGGAGAACGCGGUACAAGCACUAUGCCACUUACGUAAUUUUAUGCUGGACGAUGUGCUACAAAUCCGGCAUAGCUGCACUUGAAUCUACUUCGAAUUAAAAUCAAUUUUGUCGAACUCUAUUUCAAAUAAAAAGAUACAAAUGCAUGUACCACGCAAAUCAUGUGUAUAUAA